CCAGCAAAUAUGUCUUAUGUGGACACUCUGCGCCAGUGGGAUGAGGCUAUAAACAGUGCUGACAAGCAGGAUUUCUCAGAGGCCUUAAGGAUCCUCCUGUCUAUUCAAGAGCCCAACUCCAAAAUAUGCUUCAACAUUGGCUGCCUCCAUCUUCUUAACCAAGACUUGGAUGAUGCUGAAAAGGCGUUUGAUUGCAGCAUUCGCAAGGAUGAGCAUUUGGCAAUCAGCUUCUUUCAAAGAGGAAUCACCUAUUACAAAAGGAAGAGGUAUGAAGAAAGCUUGUAUGAUUUCAACAGAGCCUUGAAAGCACUAAGGGGCAAUCAGCUGAUAGAUUACAAGGCACUUGGUCUUCGAUACAUACUAUAUGCAUGCGAGGUCCUCCACAACGUGGCCCUGACUGAGGCUCAGCUGGGGAACUGGGAAAAGGCCCAGGAGAGCCUCGCAAAGGCACUCAACUACAAGACAGAGUCCAAGCUGAGUAUCAUCGACAGAGCUCUGCAGUCCACCCUGAAACAAAAGCUGUUCAAACCAGUGGAGUUCCCAUCUAAGAUGCUGUUUAAACCGAAUAAGAACUAUGUUGCCGAGCUGGAGAAGAAGGACUACCUCGGCAAAGCAAAGGUGGUUGCUUCUGUCGUUCCACAAGAUGCCUUUUCUGGAUUUGCUCCAUUACAGCCACAGGUUGAGGAUGGUCCAGCUAUGCCAAAAGAACCAGAGGUUCUGAGGGCUCUGGAAGGGGAACCGCACACUGUGCUGUUUCAGUUUGAUCCUGAGACCAGUGACGAGUUGGCUGUGGUGCCGGGUAAUAUUGUGUUUGUGCUGCAGAAGGGCGCCGACAACUGGGCAUACGUGGUCUUCAAUGAAAGACGGGGACUCGUCCCUUACAAUUACCUGGAACGUUUGGAAAUCCCAUUGGCUUCUAACAAGAACAAGGGAGUGACUGCGCCUCCAAGUCGAGAACCACCAACCAGACCCGAAAGGAUUCAAGGUCUUACUCCCGGGAAUACCAGCAGUGGAAAAGCCCAGAUAAAGGAGGCAAAGCCUGCAGACAAUUCGUGUAUUGUCAAAGUCCAUUUCACGUUCAACUUUGCCGUCUCAGUGCCGUAUGGGUCCCCCUACGCAGGAUUGAUAGAGAAAGUCAGUAAAAAGCUCAGCCUCCCUUCUACCACCAUCUCGCUCAGUUCAGAGGCACAUGGACAGAGUCUUAUUGAUGGCGACACAGAGAUGCAAGAUGUGUGGAGUCUUGCCACCGGUGGGCGCAUCACCCUGUGGUGUUACACCAAAGAGCAAAGUGACGCAGAGCCACAGACUCAGACUCAGCUGGUGGCACUUCACUCUUACGAGUCCCCAAAUCCAGAAGAUCUGAACUUUCAACAAGGGGAUGCAAUCACACUUCUCUCCAGAAUAAACCAGGAUUGGCUGGAAGGGCGGUGUAAUGGGAAUACUGGGAUAUUUCCUGCAUCUUUUGUAGAAGAAGUCCCUGCGAAUGGCCAGCAAUAGCGAUGCCUCUCCUGCCCUCCACUGCCUUCACGACCGGCGUCUCUCCCAGCUUCUGCUCCAAACCACGCCAACUCCGACCUGCCAGAAACGAUGCUGGGCAAAGAAAAUAAACCAAUGAGAGAAAAGC